AUGGCAGCCGAACAACGCCGUCUCCUCGAGCAACUAAUGGGCGACCAACUACUCUCCGCCCAACCCGGCCCCAAACCCACCGCCCUCACCCUCACCGACCCAGCAGUCUGCCGCUCCUACGUCGCCGGCUCCUGCCCCCACGACCUCUUCACCAACACCAAACAAGACCUCGGCGCCUGCUCGAAAACCCACCAACCAAACCUAAAGGAAGAAUACGUCAAUCUCCCGGACGAAGAGAGGAAAGCUUUGGGCUUCGAGUGGGAUUAUCAGAGGGAUAUCGGCCGGAGGAUUGAUCAGGCGCAGAGGCGGUUGGAGAAGACGGUGGAUGAGGUACGGCAGACGGGGGACCUGAUGCGAGCGAUUCAGGAAGCGGGGGAUAGGAUCGAGGCGGGGCUUAUGGAGGUGGAGAUUCUGGCGGAGGAAGGCGGGGUGAAUCUUGCUGUGCUGGAGUUUCAGAAACUCAAGCAUGUCAAGAUCACGCAGGAGGAGAAACAGCGGGAGUUGAAGACUCUCUCUGAAACUGGCGGGCCGUCGGGGCAUCAGAAAUUGCAGGUUUGUGAUGUCUGUGGGGCUUAUCUUUCGAGAUUGGAUAAUGAUAGGAGGUUGGCGGAUCAUUUCUUCGGGAAGAUGCAUUUGGGGUAUGCGCAGAUGCGGAAGGAGAGUGAGCGGUUGGGGAGGGAGUUGAAGGGGCGGCAGGCUCCAAUUGGGGGACGGGGUAGGGAGGAGGAGAUGCUGGAUUUGUCCAGAUUUGAUGAUGGGGGGUUUGGAGGCAGGGGUGGGUAUGGAAGUGGUGGUGGUGGUGGGUUUGGGGGCGGAUUUGGGGGAGGUGGGAGAGGAAGGGGCGGCGGCGGUGGGAGGGGAAGGGGUGGGUUCCAGCAGAGGUGGUGA